UCUUUGUUUCAUGUGCAUAAAACAACAACAAUGGUGGCUAAUUGAGGGAGAGGGGAUUAUUAGAAUGAGCGGAGGACAUUUCCAGUCACAGCCACCAGACCGAUAUCACCAGUGAAUUAACCGGGGGAGGAUGAAGCGGCGCAAUGCGGACUGCAGCAAACUCCGACGGCCGUUAAAACGGAACCGAAUCACCGAGGGUAUAUAUAGCAGCACCUUCCUGUACCUGAAGUUCCUGGUGGUGUGGGUGCUGGUUCUGCUGGCCGACUUUGUGCUGGAGUUCAGGUUUGAGUACCUGUGGCCCUUCUGGCUUUUCAUUCGAAGCGUCUACGACUCCUUCAGAUAUCAGGGACUGGCCUUCUCUGUUUUCUUCGUAUGCGUGGCGUUUACGUCCGACAUCAUCUGCCUCCUCUUCAUCCCCGUCCAAUGGCUGUUCUUCGCUGCCAGCACCUACGUAUGGGUCCAGUAUGUCUGGCACACGGAACGAGGAGUCUGUCUACCCACCGUGUCGCUGUGGAUCCUCUUUGUGUACAUCGAAGCUGCCAUACGGUUCAAAGAUCUGAAGAACUUUCACGUGGACUUGUGUCGACCCUUUGCUGCUCACUGUAUCGGCUAUCCGGUGGUCACCCUGGGCUUCGGCUUUAAGAGCUACGUGAGCUACAAGAUGCGACUGAGGAAACAGAAGGAGGUGCAGAAGGAGAACGAGUUCUACAUGCAGCUCCUAAUGCAGGCCUUACCGCCGGAGCAACAGAUGCUGCAGAGACAGGAGAGGGAGGCAGAGGAGGCUGCUUUAGCCAAAGGGAUCUCCGAGGUAGAACCCGCCGCUGUGUCCCAAAACGGAGCACCUCCCGGAAAGAAAAGCCCCCCCGUCCCGCUGCCGGAGCUGGAGUACCGGGAAAAGGGGAAGGACAGUACCGCUAAAGAGCGCGAGGGCAAAAAACAAAACUCCAUAGGAAUCAAUAACAACAGCAUUAUACACACACUGGACUCCAAACUACAGGAGGCGGAGUAUAUAGAGAACUACGUCGGGGGAAAGAGACUGAACAACGACCUGGCGGGAGAGAACGCGUCGCACGCCGACGCCCACUCUGCGUCCAAAGAGGACGCGCCGGGCGCCGGGAAGAACUACAAAAACGCCAGCGGAGGCGGGGGGAACAUUUCCAACUCGUCCCCGCGGAAUCACAGCGCUUCAAACGGAAGCGUCCCGCCCGGUUCCUCCGCGGGGAGGAACGAGAAGAAGCAGAAGGGGGCGGGGAAGGGGCAGCAGAAGGACCCGCUGGAGAACUGCAUCCCCAACAACCAGCUGGGCAAACCGGACGCCCUCGUACGGCUGGAGCAGGAUGUGAAGCGUCUGAAAGCCGACCUUCAGGCCAACAGGCAGCUGGAGUCCGAUCUGCGGAGUCAGCUCUCCUCUCUGAGCAGCCAGGACCGCAGCCUGCGCUCCGAACUGGGCCAGCUCCGCCAGGACAACGAGCUGCUGCAGAACAAGCUCCACAGCGCCGUCCAGGCCAAGCAGAAGGACAAGCAGACCAUCUCCCAGCUGGAGAAGAGGCUGAAGGCCGAGCAGGAGGCGCGCGCCCUGGCCGAGAAACAGCUGGCCGACGAGCGGAAGCGGAAGAAGAUGGAGGAGGCCUCCGCUGCGCGGGCCGUGGCGUUGGCCGCUGCCACCAGAGUGGAGUCGACUGACUCCCUGCGCGGCCGCAUCAGAGAGCUGGAGAACGAGUGCAAGAAGCUCGGCAUGGACGUGAAACUUAAGGAGGAGCAGAUACGGGAUCUGGAGGGCAAGUGUCAGGAGCUGCGGAAGUACAAAGAGAACGAGAAGGACACGGAGGUGUUGAUGUCGGCGCUGUCGGCCAUGCAGGACAAGACGCAGCACCUGGAGAACAGCCUGAGCGCCGAGACCCGCAUCAAACUGGACCUGUUCUCCGCGCUGGGCGACGCCAAGAGGCAGCUGGAGAUAGCCCAAGGUCAGAUCCACCAGAGGGAGCAGGAGAUCGCCGAGCUGAAGCAGAAGAUCGCCGAGGUGAUGGCGGUGAUGCCCAGCCUGUCCUACUCCUCCGACGGCAGCAACCUCAGCCCCGUGGCCCCGCACUACUCCUCCAAGUUCAUGGACAACAGUCCCUCCUCCCUGGACCCCAACGCCUCCGUCUACCAGCCCCUCAAAAAGUGACUCCGCCCACGGGCGCCACACGACUCUGUCGCCCCCUUUACGUUGGCCAAGCUCGCCGCCGCCGUUCGGGUCGUUUUUUUUUUAUUUAUUUUGAGUUGAGCAUACGGACACGAGCCCCUCUGCACAUGCGUGGGUUUUUUUGUGGGGGGGGGGGUUCUAUUGGGAGAACUCAUAGAUGGAUUUGAGAGGGUUGUGUACAAUCUUUGUUUUGGUCACACGGCGGCGUCCGUCUGUCGGGAGAGGAAGGAAGAACCGCCGAUCCGUCAAGUGUCUGCUGAGGAGCCGUCCUGCAUCGCUUCAUGUCCGUCUUCUUUCACCCCCCCACACACACACACACACACACACGCACACACUUAAUAAAAAAGACUUCACGCACGGACGGAGGCACGUUUUGGGUUUGAGUGAAACUUGCCUUUUUGAAGUGAAGCAGAGAGAUCAUGAAUGUAAAAGUAUUCAUGUUUAGGUUUGAGUUCACGACAUCGUACGUUUCUGCUCAAAUGGCCACGCUGGAAUCAUAAACCUUUGCAUACGAUUCGUCCUGUUAACGACGGGAUUAUCGGUCGGUUGAUGAAGAAGAUGCGAAAAUCAUAAAAUCUCUUGAGCUACAUUUGACCAGGCACUGCCAAAAUGUUAACGUUGCCCUGUUUUCACACUUCUGCUCCCGCUGGACCAAAUUAGGGCCCGAUAGGCCGCGUUGUCCACCGGACUUAAUGAUGUCGAGGCAACUGCUUGUUGCCGUUAUUUGCAGAUUUUUACAGUGCCUUUUGCCUUUUUCUCUUUUUUUUCAGAUUCCGAAACAUCCUACUUUGCAAUCCAGCGAUCAAAAAGCAUCGAGCUCCAAAGCUCUCCGUCUCUCUCGCUCGCUCUGAUUUGUUUCCAUCCAGAAGUUCUCACAUUCGGUUCCUUUUUUAAUUCCACAAUCAAUCAAAGGCUAAAACGAGGCAAUCUUUUUCGAUCUCGACGUUACUGACCUAAAAAAAAAAAAAAAAAAGGGACGACACAACACUGGACGUGGCGCAGUGACAGGCAGCCACCCCGAUUGUCUUUUCAUGCCCUUGAGUUGGCAUCUAGUUGUUUACAACAAUGUACAUUGACUUACUGAGGAAUGUUUUCUUUGUUCAUUCGGGUGCUUAAGUGCCGAGUGUUGAUGUUCGGUUGCUCAUCCAUACUUUGAUCGAUGUAGCUAGCAUAACGUUUGCAGAAGAGUGCUGUUGCCGUUAUUAUUUUUGUUGUCAUUGGAGCAUAUUCAGAUGGUGUUGUGUUUACAAGGUCUGAGGUGGUCAGAUGGGCCGGUUGUGUUACUCCCGUUAAUUUAUUUGUUAGAGACCUUUUAUUAAGUGUCACCUCCGUGAUAUUUCCCUUCAUAUUCAGUUGAUUUCCUGUAUUUUCUACCAGGAAGGAUUGUGUGUGUGUGUGUGAUGUGCGUGUGUGUGUGUGUGUGUGUGUGUGUGGGGGGGGGUUGUUUACCCCCUGAACCAUUUUGACCAUGUCGUGCUGUCAUGUUGCCUACCUGGGAAAAGUAUUAUUUGUGGUGGAUCGCUCUGGUGUUGUGAAGUCGGUUCUGAAGUUGCUUUUAUAAGUUUCUGUGGAAGGACGAGAUGGAAGUUUAAAAAAAAAAAAAAAGAAGAAGAAAAAAGUGCUUUGUUUUAUCUUUUCAUUGUUCCGCCAUGUUUGUUUUCUUUACUCAGUGAAGGUGGCCGUGUCACUUCUUCUCACUUUGGCCAUCACUAUUAAAGAAAGUCUUGCUGGUGGCAAUACAAGAAGAUCA